AUGGUUAAGGAGGAAAAGUCCGAAGCAAGGUCUGAAACGGAGAUAAGCAAACAAGCAGAAACAUUGAGAGCGGCAACAAUAUAUUUCAUGGAAUGGACGAGCACAGCACUAGCGCACUAUACUAGUACGAUUAACGAGCUGUUCUCAAAGCCGUUAAUAGAGCACUGCACGAAAACGAAGAUUGCAGAAGAAAAACCAAGUGCCGAUCCAAAUAAAAGCAUCAGAUCAGCAGAAAUCGAAAAACUGGCCGAUGGUGAUGCAAAAAUAACGACGCGCGGUGAUCAUGAUCAGUUGGUAACGAGACUGAAAGAAGCAGCUUCCCGAGUGACGGAGUGGAGUACUCCUGGCGAGAAUAUCAUGAACGUCCGUAACAAAGAGGUCACUCUGGCCGAAAUGGCAGCGAUGUAUCGCCUAAGAACGCUGAUUUCCAUGUCAGCCAAUCUAGUUGAGCUGAUUCAAAGAGCAAAAACGUGGACCAAGGAAAACAUCCAUCUACUUCAAAAAUGUCGUACUGGCAACGUACUUCCCAUGACGCUCACCAUGUUCGAAGCGACCUGUGCCAUUUCUGAAAUCUUCCAACUGAAGUCGAUAGAUCGAUCCAAUGCUAAGAAAGAAUUCCAACAAUUUCUUCGUGCAAACACUGAAAACGAGUAUAAAUCAGAAACGGACUCAGCUUUAGUAAUUGCUAAUCCACGUGACUAUAUACCACAUCUCGAAUGCAGGAUUAAUCAUUACAGGACAUGCGUUCAUUUAAUUGGAAGUGCGCUGAUCACCACAAUUCAAACCUACAUGAACUCUAUCUCACUUGAACAGAUGGACCUCAGAGCGAGAGAAGUGAAGGAGGUCCUUGAUCGGCUCCCUCCAAUGUACACGAAAGUCCGAGUCGAGUUGAAAUUUUCGGACUACACAUCAAAAUUAAUCCAAGAAUAUCCACCGAACAAAUUACAGUUCCCCUUUGCUCCCAAGGUGACAGAUGCUUCGAAAAAACGAUCAGGAGAGGCCGUUGAGAAGGAAGUUCAGGGAGAUAAAACAACAGGCAGUGCAGAGAGAACUGAGAAACAACGAGAGAAAAUAGUGAGCUCUAAAGACAAAACGGAGAGCACUAAAGUUGCGAAGAAGGAUAAAGAAGGGACUCAGCCAAGUUCUUCGGAAGGCUAG